AGUUACUCCUGAUUUAUAUCAUAGAACCGGAGAUCACCCUCCGGGACAGACCAUUUGCUUUUCUGGGGUGGUGUUUGUGUGGGAUUUUGUAUCGGAAUGUAAUGUGAGUCAUCGUCCAUAAGCUAGAGUUUACCUUCAGGUCCGAGCAACGAGGGUACAUCUGCGAUGUUGUGUACAUGUGUUAUCGCUGGUAUCUUGUUCAUCAGUCAAACUACAGGCGAUGAGGUCAGCGCCUUGAGGUCAGUGUUUGACCAGUAUUACCAGUGGCGACUGAAGGACUCCCCGGAGAUGUCCACCUACCUCAACGUGCACGACUACGACGGUAAAGUGGACAGUGUGGGUCUAGCAGAGUUCGAUUUCACAAAGGCGAAGGUAGAUGAGUUUCUGGUGAGUCUAGGUAAGAUCGACUACAACUCUCUGCCCAGACAACAACGGUACAACUACGCCGUCCUGAACGACACACUCACCACCGUGUCGCGGGGAUAUCAAUGGAGACUAUACGGUGCACUUAACCCUAUCAACUUUCUUGAGGGCAAUCAAGUAGACCCUGAAUCUCUCCUGAAGAUUACAAGAUUUGAGACCAAAUUGGACUUUUUGAACUUCAUCAGCAGAAUCGACGGCUAUCCCCAACAGAUAAGAGACGAGAUUACCUUGAUGACGGAAUCAGCACGACUGGGAAGAACAAACAACAUCUAUUCAAUGACGAAGGUUCCUGGUCAGAUCGACGACCUCCUUAAAGAGGACCCCACUGCUUUUGUCUACUACAAACCCUUCCUAUCCGAUCUGGACAAACUGAGUAUUCCUGAAUCCGAAAAGUUAGAAAUGAGAGAGAAAGCCAAGAAUGCAUCCAAAAACCUCAUAGAUGCCUUCAGAGCGCUAAAACAAUUUAUCAUCAAUGGGUACGUCCCUCACGCUCGUGGGUCCUAUGGCGUGGGGGGACUCAACCAGGGGGGCAACUACUACACCAACUGUCUCAGAUGGCAUCUGACAGUUGACAGUUCACCGGGACAAGUGCACCAACUUGGCCUAACGGAAGUUGCCAGGAUUAGUAGGAAAAUGAAAGACAUUAUGAUGAAGCAGAACUUUAAAGGAACAAUAUCUGAAUAUUUCACCAUGUUGAGACGAGAUCCGAGGUUUCACUUUAAGACUGCCGAUGAGAUCAUUGCCAAGUACAAGGAUAUCCUCUACAACAGGUUGUACCCUGCUCUGCCCAAAGUCUUCAAGAACAUUCCUCAGCAUAAAGUCAAAGUGACAGCGAUGGGUAAUGACGGACCGCCGGCCCAGUACAUGCCCGGGUCCUCUGACGGGUCCCGACAGGCCGAGUUCCAGGCCAAUGUCUUCAGGCCCAAUGAAACUGACAGCUUCAUCAUGGUGGGAGAUGCUCUGCAUGAAGGAGUCCCUGGACACCACCUGCAGUUCAUAUACCAGCAGACAUCAAAUCUUCCGGACUUCCGAAAAGAGGACCUGUCCGGUGCCUUCUACCCCAUACCGUUCUCCUACCCAGGAUAUUCCUCGUAUGUAGAGGGAUGGGCUCUCUAUGCUGAAUCUCUGGGGGAGGAGCUGGGACUCUAUGAAGAUGACUAUGAACUUAUGGGUCGAUACAGUAACGAAAUCUUCAGAGCCUGUCGGCUUGUUGUGGACACCGGACUUCACUUCAUGGGAUGGACACGCACCAGGGCUAUCAGCUACAUGCAGGAAUACAAUGCUCUGAGUGGAGGGAAUCUGGAGAACGAGAUUGACCGCUAUAUCACGUGGCCUGGUCAGGCAUGCGCAUACAAAAUAGGAGAGCUUAAGAUCCGGGCUCUGAGAGAGAAAGCUGCAUCUGCGCUGGCCUCGAAGUUCGACAUCCGUGAUUUCCAUGGCGUUGUCCUCAGUGCCGGGGCUGUGCCACUGAGGCUGUUGGAAACCAUGAUCAACGACUGGAUCGCAGAUGUUCUUGCAUCAGGAACAAGCCAGACGUCAAAUGCUGCGUCUGGGCAUUCUUUAACUUCCACACCACCUGGUGACAAAACUCUUACUCCCGGUGUUCACACAAAGUCUGAUUCGCCUGCGACAACAAAGACACCAACCCCUACGCCCACCAGAAAGACCGUGUACACCUUUACUGGGCAACUGCCUGUGCUUCCGAACAUUGGAUGAGCUGUAAUACACGAAUUUACGUUAACCUGGUCAACUGAGUGAUUUUAAUUCACGAGGAAAGGAAAUAUAUAAUAGGGAUGUCACGUGUGUAACUGUCAUCUUUUUUCACCAAUGUAUUUUUCAAUACCACAAACGAAUUAAAGGAUAUUUCCGAAUUA